UUAGGUGGCUCUUGUGGGAGUGGAUUUUUUUUAUUUGAUGGGGGAGUUAGGGUAUUUCUUUUAGACAUAUUAUAAACUACCAGGAAACAGGAAUCACAUGACUUAAGGGAAAAAGAAAGUGAAAGUGUAGUUGAGCUGUUGUGUGUCUCUGUAUUCAUGCAGUAAAAUGGCAGAAGCAAGAUUUUCUCAGGGUGAGCUCUCAUGUACAGUGUGUCUGGAUCUCCUGAAGGAUCCAGUGACCAUCCAGUGUGGACACAGUUACUGUGAGAACUGUAUUACAGACCGCUGGGAUCAUGAGGAUCAGAUGAGAGUCUACAGCUGCCCUCAGUGCAGACAGACCUUCAGUCCAAGACCUGCUUUAGCUACAAACACCAUGCUGGCUGAUCUGGUGGAGAAACUGAAGAAGACUAAACUUCCCGCUGACUGUUAUGCUGGAGCUGGAGAUGUGCAGUGUGAAGUCUGUACUGGAAGAAAAUACAAAGCCAUCAAGUCCUGUCUGUCCUGUCUGGUGUGUCAGGAAUCUUACUGUCAAACUCAUUUUGACGGUCAUGAGGAGUUUCAUUCACGUAAACCACACAAAGUGAUUGAUGCCACUGGACGACUGCAGGAGAUGAUCUGCCAGAAACAUGAGAAACAUCUGGAAAUGUACUGUAUCACUGACCAACAAUGCAUUUGUGAGCUGUGUACAAAAUAUGAGCAUAAAAACCACGAGACUGUAUCAGCUGCAGCACAGAGGACAGAGAAACAGAAGCAGCUGAAGGAGACGCAGAAGACGUCCCAGCAGAGAGAGAAAGAUCUCCAGCAGCUGAGAGAGGCUGUGGAGUCUCAUAAGCGCUCUGCACAGACAGCAGUGGAGGACAAUGAGAGGAUCUUUACUGAGCUCAUCCGCUCCAUUGAGAGCAGCUGCUCUGAGCUGGUACGGCUCCUGAUUCCUGAUAUCAGAGAUCAGGAAAAGGCUGCAAUGAGUCAAGCUGAAGGACGACUGGAGCAGGAGAUCAAUGAUCUGAGGAGGAGAGACACUGAGCUGGAACAGCUUUCACACACACAGGAUCACAUCCAGUACCUGCAGAGUAUCCAGUCUCUCUCAGCACCUCCUGAAUCUACAGACAUAAAUGACGAUCUCUUCAUUUCUCUCUUCUCUUCUGAUGACCUGAGAGAAUAUGUCCAUCAGCUGAGAGACAAACUGGAGGAUUUCUGCAAAGAGGAGCUCGAGAAGAUCUCAGAGAGAGUCACAUUCACCAACAUUGUUCCCAGGACCAGGAACGACUUCCUACAAUAUUCCCAUCAGCUCACUCUGGAUCCAAACACAGCAUAUAAACGCCUCCAUCUGUCUGAGAGCAACAGAGUGAUUACUGGCAGUAGAACAGUCCAGUCGUAUCCUGAUCAUCCAGACAGAUUUGAUUAUUGGUAUCAGGUGUUGUGUAGAGAGAGUGUAUGUGGACGCUGUUACUGGGAGCUGCAGUGGAGUGGGAAUAAUGGUGUGUAUAUAUCAGUGUUAUAUAAAAGCAUCAGCAGGAAGGGUCGGAGCAAUGAAUGUUUGUUUGGAUGUAAUGAUCAGUCCUGGAAUUUGGACUGCUCUCCUUCAAGUUACUCAUUCACACACAAUAACAUACGGACUGAUCUCCCUGUAAAGUCCAUCAGCAGCAGAAUAGGAGUGUUUGUGGAUCACAGUGCAGGCACUCUGUCCUUCUACAGCGUCUCUGACACAAUGAGCCUCAUCCACACAGUCCAGACCACAUUCACUCAGCCGCUCUAUGCUGGGUUUGGUGUUUAUAAAGGAUCAUCAGUGAAACUGUGUUGAUGAAUCAGAAUAGACUGACGAGAGAUUUUACCCAUAAUACUUUGAGCUGCAUGAUAAAUCAAUAACAGUGAGAUAUUAUAGAGUCUCUUCUUUUCUCUUCAUGACAUUAAUACUGCAGCUGAACUUCUGUCACUAAAAUGACAUGAAUCAGUAUAAAUGUGUGUAUUAAAUCCUCAUAUAGACAGUAAGAUCAGUGUGUGUGUGAGUCCUGCUGAGUGACGAUGUGUUUCUGUACUUUUCUCAGCCUCUGUUUGUGUUGAUUGAAAUCAGUCAUUUAGUUUUUAAUGUAGAGUCACAUCAGUUAUUUUUAUUAUUACUAUCAAAAUUACCUUUCAAUUCAAAUGAUCAGUCAAUAAAUAAUUUUCAUUAUUCA